AAUCCAAUCCAAUCCAAUAACAAGCCCCAUACCCAUCGCAUGAAGACCCGGAGCGACCCUCCUUCCCACCUCGUACAAUUUCACUUCUCCCCAACCUUCAACAACAAUACUUCUCUAUUUUAAAGCAACACAUCCCUACUUUCUAGCUUAACCUAAUCCCUUUAUCCUCUAUAAAUCACCAUCCUUUCCUUCAUUAAAAUCAUCUUCACAUCUCAAUCUUCUUCCAUUCGAAGCAGCAAUGGAGCUCGAUUUGUCCCCGAAGAAUCCCAAGCAAGUCUACGGCGGCGAUGGAGGCUCUUACUUCUCAUGGUCUCCUGAUGAACUCCCAAUGCUUCGCGCCGGCAACAUCGGCGCCGCAGAGCUUGAACUGGCCGAGCGCGGCCUCGCUCUGCCCACCUAUUCUGAUUCGGCUAAGGUCGCUUAUGUUAUCCAAGGGACUGGUACUUGUGGAAUUGCUCUUCCUGAAACGCCAAAGGAGAAGGUGCUUCCCAUCAAAGAAGGUGAUGCCAUUGCUCUCCCCUUUGGUGUCGUGACAUGGUGGUUCAACCCUAACUCCACCCGACUUGUCAUCCUAUUCCUUGGCGACACCUCGAAGGGCCACCUCGCGGGCCAAUUCACAAACUUCCAAAUCACAGGCUCCAAAGGCAUCUUCACGGGCUUCUCCACCGAGUUCGUCAGCCGCGCAUGGGACCUCUCCACCGACGAUGCUGAGGAGCUCGUCGGCAGCCAAAAGGGAUCUAUCAUCGUCAAAAUCUCCGACAACCAGUCCAUGCCUCAGCCCUCUGAGGCCGACCGCAAGGGGUUGGUCCUCAACUGCCUUGAGGCGCCCCUCGAUGUCGACAUUGAGGGUGGCGGUUGUGUCGUCGUCCUCAACACCCAAAACCUCCCUCUCGUCGGUGAGGUCGGUCUCGGCGCCGAUCUUGUGAGGAUCUAUGGCCACUCCAUGUGUUCCCCGGGAUUCUCAUGUGACUCUGCCUAUCAGGUAACCUAUGUGCUUAGGGGCAGUGGUCGCGUGCAGGUUGUUGGCAUUGACGGAAAGCGCGUGCUCGAGACCCGCAUUGAGGCCGGCUACCUCUUCAUCGUGCCCAGAUUCUUCGUCGUGUCGAAGAUCGCCGAUGCCGAAGGCAUGGAGUGGUUCUCUAUCAUCACCACACCCAACCCAAUCUUCACCCACUUGGCCGGAAGGACGUCAGUGUGGAAGGCGAUAUCGCCGGAGGUGCUUCAGGCUUCUUUCGGCACGUCGCCGGAGAUGGAGCAGCUCUUCAGGUCUAAGAGGACCUCCGAUGAGAUCUUCUUCGCUCCUCCCAAGUAAAAGAAGGUCUACUACCAUAUCUUCUACUGGUUUUUUUCCGGUCAAGUAAUAAAACUGGUUAUUUGUUGAGUUAUUCCACUGGUUCGUCUUUUAUAGACUAUAAUUUGGUGGAUUGUAACUUGAUGCAUGUUGUGUUUUAUAUUCUAAUUAUGUUGAGGUUUUGUAAUGGAAUUGUUCUCUGUUUUUUAUUUGAUCUGA